AGGUUCACAGGUUGCCGAUACAUAGUUCCACAAAAUAUUAACUUUUUUUUGUGCUGUCAUUAAUAAAAUAAUAAUUAUUAUUGUUAUUAUUAAUAUUACAUCAACCAUUUUUAUUUUUUAAUUUCAACAAAUUCAAUUUUUAAACGUAUGUUAAUUGUCAAAUAAUAUUAUUUUGAUAAUUAAAUUUUUAAAUUGACAAUUUAAUAAAAAAACAAAUAAUUAUUUAUGACUGAAAAAUAAUAAGUCAUUAUGAUUUCAAUAAAAUUAAGUUUGUGUUGUUUAGUUAUAAUAUGUGCACUAGGUUGUAAUGUUGUCUCUGGUGAUGAUGAUGAUGAAGUUACAUUGACAAAGUUUGGAACAAACAUUGGACCAACAAUAAAAUUCUUUUACUGUUAUUCAUGUGGUUAUAAAAGAGUAUUUCAAGAAUAUGUUACAAUUCUUGAACAAAAAUAUCCAGAGUUACAAAUUUAUGGACAAAAUUAUGACCCAUCUGGUUACAAUAUGUACUUUGCAAAAUUCUUGGGAACAGCUAAAAUAAUUGUUAUACUUUUAAUAAUAACUGGAAUAAAUAUUGCUCAAUGGAUUGGACAACCACAGCCAUUCUGGUGGGAAUGGUCUUUGAAUAAUAAAUUUUAUUCAUGUUUAAUGAUAUUUUUUGUUUGUAAUGCCAUUGAAGGUCAAUUGAUAUCAUCGGGAGCUUUUGAAAUUCAUUUCAAUGAUGUACCAGUAUGGUCAAAACUUGAAACUGGACGUGUACCACAACCACCAGAAUUAUUUCAAAUAAUUGACAAUCAUAUUCAAAUGUUAUAUCCAAAACAUGAAUCAUUGGAAAUGAAUUUUAAUAAUAAUUAAAUUAGUUUAAUCAUCAAAUUCAUACAACAAGAAUUAAUGAGAAAUAAGAAACAACAAAGUCACAUAAACAUGUUUACAUUAAUUGUGAUUACUUUAUUACUGAGAUUAUUUAAUUAAAAGAUAAAAAUGUAAAAAGAUUCUUCAGUGUAGGUUUAUUAUAAUGUUUAUAUAAAAUUAGUUUUUGCAUUAUAUUAAUUGAUAAACAAAAAAACAUGUUUAAAGAUUGAAUGAGUUUUUUUUUUUUUUUUUAGUUACUUUUAAUUGAUAUUAUUAGCUUUCUUUUUAUUUGUUACUUCAAUGAUAAUUCUUGUAAUUUUAUUAUCUAAAUUACUUGAGUAAAUGGGUUUGUAAAUAAUGAAUUUAUAAAUGUUUCAUAAUAAAAAAUUUCCAUCAACUGAAGAAUCAAUAACAUUUUUAUUAAAAUAAUCAUUAAAAUAUGUGAAUUAUAAUAAUAAAAAUUUUAACAUCUUAUUUUAUUGUUACAUAAUUAUUUAAUUAUAUUUUUUUAUUUAUUUUUAAAAACAGUAAUUAAAUUUACGCGCGUUCUAUUUAUUAAUAAUGUCAGAUGUCACUGAUGUUGUUUUUAAAAAUGGCCGAUUAUAUAUUUGUGUCUGACAACGUGAUAAGUGAUUAAUUCAAGAUUAAUUGAUUAAAAACAAUCUAAAGAAAUUAAAAUAACAACAAACAACAGCUCAAG